CUACUACUGCUACUGCUACUGCUACUACUACUAUUAUUACAAUUGCUUGCUAAAUAUUUAUCAUUUAGCCGCUAUCCCCACUUCCCCCUGCGCGCGCGUGUAUGCGUGUGUGCGUGUGCGUGUUUUAGAUGUGGUUUUGUCUAUUGUUGGCAUGAGACCGGAGGGUGGGGGGAGAUACAUCUUUCUCCCGUACGAGAUGUGACUCCAUUCAGCUUCCUUCCCCCUCACCCCCUCCCCACCCCCUUUCCACCCCAUCAUUUCUUUUUAAACCUGCAAUACCUCUCGGUAGAUUCAUCUCUCAGGCUCAUUUUUCCCGAAAGAAAGAUGAAAGACGUGUAAUUAGAGAAAGAGGAAAGGGUGUGAAAAAGAUGGAAGGGAGAAAAGGGGAAAAAAAAAAAUAAGGGGAGGAAACGUGCUACUCUAUCUUCACUUCCCUGUGCUUCCCGGUGCCCUGGAGUGUGCUUCUGUGAGAGAUUUGGCCUUGUUUUCAUUCCAUGCGUUCAAAGGAAAGUUUGUGACUGAAUCGUGUUUCAGUACUUCUGUCAUUUCUUUCUUUCUGUUUUUUCUUUUUCUUUUUUUUCUUUUUUUUUUUUUAGUGCGCUGCUCAUUUAUUUCUUCAUCAAACUCCACCCUCUCCUUAAAGUCUUCAUACAAAUCUUGAUUUAUAACCUCUUUACCGGUUCUUCUCAUUUUAGCAGCAUCCGCAGCCUGCAUCUGCCACGGGGUUCCCACUAUUUCCAACUGCUCUGUUUUUUUUUUUCUCCUCCUUUCCAAAAGUUGUCUGUGGUUUUCCUUGCGUUCAGAUUCAUUCUCGUGUAUGGGGGAUUUCCUGCCCUCUUUUCUCCUUGAAACAUGUUCUCUCGGUUUAAAAUUUACCCUGUGACUGUCGUUAAAGAUGUUCUAAAGACGUCACAUCACCGAAACAGUUAAUUCUGCGGAGCAGGGAUUUUAAAACUGUAUUUUAUAUGCCACAAGAAAAGGAAUUGAAUUAGGCUGCUCCAGAUCUGAAAGAGCUCACAAAUAUGAUGGCUUCAUUGAUAGCUGCAGGGGCUGUUGAUAGGCACCUGGGAGAGGGGAGGCAAGCAAUUUUUUUAAAAAAAGGAAGGAGGAGAAAAAAUAAACAGAAAAGUGAAAAUUGUGCACGCAGUUAUAAAUGAAAAAUACCUGCCAAGUUUGCAAGUAGAUUGAAGAGGGAGAAGUAGGCUGGAGGGCAGCAGGACAGAGGUCUGGCCCGGGUGGAGAGAAGGGCUCGUUGGGGAAGAAAAGAGAAAGUUGAGAAAAAUGUGGCACGCCGGAAACAUGAGUGAUUGCAUGUGCGGGUGUGUGCCAGCAAGCUUGUGCGGUUGUGCGGGGUGUCUGUGUGCAGGGUACAAGCCUGAGUAGCCGUAUCUUCCCCUGAAGUUACAUUUGUUUACAUGGCAAGCGGCUGCAAACGCUGGCACUGAUGGAGUAAAACUCAUGUACACACUUAAAAAAAAAAAAAAAAAAGAACAACAAAAAAAACCCCAACUUUGGUCAGCUUUCGGGACUCGAGGCAUGCUUACGCUCUGUGUGGAGAUGGUUAAUGAAUCCAGUGUUUUUGCAGUUGCAAGCUUGUGCAUUCACUGUGCAACGCUGACUGCAGGCUUUUGCAGUGGCAACAGCUCACCAAAGAUAUUAAUUACACCAUCCCCUUUUUUUUCCACGAAUGUUUGGCUAUUCGGUUCAGCGAGGAAGAAUGCCGCCCACCCAACCCAACCCCGGCCAGUACGCCCUGACCAACGGCGACCCUCUGAACGGGCACUGCUAUCUCUCGGGAUACAUCUCCCUCCUGCUGCGGGCCGAGCCCUACCCCACCUCCCGCUACGGCAGCCAGUGCAUGCAGCCCAACAACAUCAUGGGCAUCGAGAACAUCUGCGAGCUGGCCGCCCGUCUGCUCUUCAGCGCCGUCGAGUGGGCCCGCAAUAUUCCCUUCUUCCCCGACCUGCAGAUCACCGACCAGGUGGCCUUGCUGCGGCUCACCUGGAGCGAGCUCUUCGUCCUCAAUGCUGCCCAGUGCUCCAUGCCCCUCCAUGUGGCCCCGCUCCUGGCCGCCGCCGGCCUCCACGCCUCCCCCAUGUCGGCAGACCGUGUUGUCGCCUUCAUGGACCACAUCCGCAUCUUCCAGGAACAGGUGGAGAAGCUGAAGGCGCUGCACGUCGAUUCGGCUGAAUACAGCUGCCUGAAAGCCAUCGUCCUCUUCACCUCAGACGCCUGCGGCCUAUCGGAUGCUGCGCACAUCGAGAGCCUCCAGGAGAAAUCGCAGUGCGCGCUAGAGGAGUACGUGCGGAGCCAGUACCCCAACCAGCCGAGCCGCUUCGGGAAGCUGCUGCUGCGGCUGCCCUCCCUGCGCACCGUCUCCUCCUCCGUCAUCGAGCAGCUCUUCUUCGUCCGCUUGGUAGGUAAAACCCCCAUCGAAACCCUCAUCAGGGAUAUGCUACUGUCGGGGAGCAGCUUCAACUGGCCUUACAUGUCCAUCCAGUGCUCCUAGAGCCCAUCCCGCACCCCCGGCAGAGAGGCGGCGGAGCGGCGGAGCGGGGAACGCUCGCACCGAGGGGCAGUCGGGGUGCGGGGGGGGCCCGGGAGGUGGACACUGAACAAAAGAAAGGGCGAGUGGGAGCAGAGAUGUGGCCGUGGAGGGGAGAAGGACGGACCUGUCGUCCGUGGAGGUUGUGAUGUUUCGCCUUUUUUUUUUUUGGCCUAUUUUUUUUGUUUUUGUUUUUGUUUUUCUUUUCUUUUCUUUCGGAGAGGAGAAAAAAAAGAAAUAAAUAAUAUUAAUAAAAGAGACAAAAAAAAAUGAGUAUUGAGGGGAUAUUAAUCAAACCUGAAGGGGAUACUGGAUCUUCCAGGAUUUAUUGUGGACUGUUGUUGAUAUAUGCUGUACAGUAAACCAACAAAACAAAAAAGCAUUGAAACUGAACUGAACCUUGUGUAGAAUAAGAACAAAAACACCCAAAACCAAGCAAAGAACAACAAAAUUUUCAUGCGCAAACACUUAACAUGAACAUUGUUAUCCUUUUGUAAUAUAUUAGUCUUUAUUUUCAAUUUUGGUAAAAGUUAAAACAUCAUAUGCGCAGAAAGAAAAAAAAAAAAGGAGAAUUAGGGGAAAAUAACAUUUUCCAAAUAAUUAUAAAAGAAUUGUCCUGUGUCUAUGUAUCUAUAUCUGUUUUGUAUUUUUUUCUGGUUCCAAACCAGGUUUCCUGUGAUUCUAUACUAAUAAUUUUUGAUAUAACCCUUUGCUUCUUAUAAUGAGUGCGAUAUAUGUUGUCAAAGCUGUUCUUCAAGAAUUAAAAUUGAAGUGAGAAUUUAAAAAAAUAAAAGAAUUUUAGCAAAAAACCCCACAACUUAUCACCCCACAACCCAUGAGUCUUGUUGCUUGAAACAUGCCAACAAUUCACCAAAAAAAAAAAAAAAAAUAAAAAUAAAAGAAAAAAAAGGAAAAAAGCCCCAUAAACAACAGCAACAAAAAUUUCCCCACAUUUUUAACUCCUUUACUGGUGCUAAAAAGGAGAACUUAAAAAAUACUCGGGAGGGGUAACCAAGUCAUGCAAACUACAGGAUGCCCCAAAAUGCACUUGACUGUAUAAGCUUAGGGCUGAGCUGUCAAGGCCUAGGAAAAGGGAGCAGAAGUUGCAGUGUGAUGCCUUAGGUGACCUCGCCUCACCGGCACGGCACCACAAACUCUCCACCAAGGCUGAUGGGCCUAUCAGGCUGGCCUGCCCCUUUUUGAAACACCUUUUCCCAACACCUGGAUUUUCUGCUGAGUUCACGCCUUGCUUUUUACUCUCAGACACCGUGGGCAUGGAUUGAAGUCACCACAUGCCAUCAUCUCUACCUGUGCAGCAGGAGGCAUACUCUAGCCAUGGGUCCUGUUUGUCCCAGGCAUGAUGGCUUUCCACUUCUGGGGGCUUGGCUGGGGUUGACUUUUUUUGGUUUUAUCUUCUUUUCCACUCCAAGGGCUCGCAGACCCCAACAUGUGCUCCAGUGUGCAUGCCUUGUGCUUACUGUCAGCCAGAACAGAUCUCUUGAUGUUUUUCCCAAAUCUAGUUGCUGUGUGUGGAGGGUAUUCCCACUCCAUUAAUAUAGAAAUCCAGCUGGAUGCUUGCUCAUUGGGUGGUGAGCUAGUGCAUUUCAUGUAUGCUUAUGUGCCAUGGCCAUGCAAAACACACAGGCUGUGACAUCCCACACCAUGGCCCACCCACUGCCAGGGCCUGAGCUCUGUGCCAAAAACCCCUUUUCAUUUCAGCUUGUCUUUUUUUUCCCAGAAAAUUAAAAAUCGUUUUUGUAAUGGAGCUCCUUUGAAGGUAAAGGCUUCUAGCUGGUGGUGCCGAUCUCUGUAACAGCUUUCAGUGCAUUAAUGUUUUAUAGGAUCUGAGACAGAGCUGUAAGAACACAUACUACCAAGGGAGCUCUUUCUUAAUGUAUUAAUAAAGCUGGAUCUUUAAAAAUAACACUGUCCCCCUCACACAGACACCUCCCGUGACCUCCAAACAAGUCUAGAUGAGGUAGAACUUUUCAGUUUGUGAAGACAUGGGCAGUGUUUUCCCUUUAAUUUCUCUUUAAUUUAUUUUCCAUACUCUCCUCUUUUUCCUUCCCUCUCUCUCACAAUCUCUCCCCUCCUUUUUUUUUUUCCCUUCAUUCUUUAUUUCUUUUUUGCCCCUUUUUUUCUUUCUUUAACAAGAUUCUUCAAUUCAACUCGCUUGGGGUUUUUAAUAUUCUCGACGCAGCAGACCUGAGGUGAGAGCAGCUCUAUACAGUAGACAGUUAUAGCUGGAUAAUCAAGAUUACGGGCAGAUCCUUUAUGGGGGUAUCACCCCAUUCAGGCUGGAGAAACGGCCUGUAUUCAUAGGUGCUGGGAGUGGGGGGACUUGGAUAAUUCCAGACCUGAGCACACAAGAACAGGGAUUUGGGAGUUAGACAGACAGACAGACAUCCUCCCUUUUGUCACUCACUUGGACACUGCAUGAGUGAGAGCUUUGUUCCUGCCCCUUCCCCGGGGCCUUCCCUGGAGAAAGGGAGUCCAGCAGUCCCUCCGGGCUCUCGACAGGGAGUGAGAGGGAAUGCUCAGACAUGGGAGAUGCUGAAAGAAGAAUUUUCAGCACUGCUUUAUGGCGGGAUAGGUGAUUUGGGACCCAGAAGAAUUAGCAGAUAAAAACAAAAACGAAAGAAAAACAACAACAACAACAAGACAAAAAACCAAACCAGAACACAAAAAAACCAAACCCAUCAAAACAAACAAACAAAAACAAAAACAAAAAUAAUAACAAAACCCAAACCAACAAAACAAAAAACCAGCCCCCUCUACCUAAAAAUAAACAAAACAAACGGGGAUAUCGGAAGAGAAAAACAAGUCUCGGCUUCUUCCAAUGAGAUGUAAAUAAAUUCAUUACAGUAUUAUCCCACUGAUGAAAACAGAUAAACUUUUUCGUAGAUAUUUUUCAAUUAAUUUUCAUAUUUAUGAAUAAUAAUAACCCACCGAUUGCCAAGAAACUUGCAGGUGUAGAGGAGGUGUACGAGAUGCACUUAUUUCCAUGUAUGUGCCUAGAAAGAAGUGUUUCAAUCCCUUAUUAAACUUUG